AUGUCUGGCGAACACGAGAACGGAAGCCCGUCUGCUGGCGGUCAAGAUGCUCCGCCCGCCGUCGAGCACCUGAACAUCAAGGUUACCGACAACAACAAUGAAGUCUUCUUCAAGAUCAAGCGCUCGACCAAGCUGGACAAGCUUAUGACGGCCUUCUGCGAGAGACAAGGCAAGGCUAUGAACUCUGUUCGGUUCCUCUUCGAGGGCCAGCGUGUCCAACCCACGGAUACCCCAGACACGCUCGAGAUGGCGGAUGGAGACACUCUCGAGGUGCACCAGGAGCAGGUCGGCGGUUCCCUGUAG